AUGGCUUCGAACUUCGCAGAACGCGUUGCCGCGUUGAACCCCAUCAUCGAGAAGAUAUGCAAGGCCUCUGGAGUUCCUGGGCUCUCUGUGGGAGUCUCACAACAUGGAAACGUUCUCCAUCAGUUCAACUAUGGCUCUAGCGAUAUUGAGGGUUCAGUCCCAACCAAUUCUGACACUAUUUAUGGAAUUGGAUCCAUCUCGAAGACAUUCACAGCAACCGCGAUUGCUCAGCUGGUUGACGACAAGAAGCUCCAAUGGAAUACCCCGCUCAAGGACAUUCUGCCAGGCUUUCACAGUCGCAGCUCUCUGGUGACCAAUGAAGCAACCGUCGAAGAUCUUCUCACUCAUCGCCUUGCCCUGUCUCGGUCUAAUAAUUGGUGGUACGGCUCCGAUGGAGAUCUGAUACUAGAACAGAACCAGACGCUGUCUGCUUACUCGCAGCUGAAACCCAUGGGGCUCUUUCGAGGGCACGGUCAGACCUACGGAGAGUAUAUUUCCGCUUCCAUCGCAGAUCCUCUCGGUCUCCAAUCGACCACUGCCAUCCACUCUUCGGUACCCGAGUCAAACGUAGCCAAGCCGUAUGCAGCACUAGACAACCUAGACUUCUACCAGCUUCCUCGACCACAGGCUCAGAGCGGUACUAUUAUGGGACCCGCUCAGGGAGCUCUCAGCUCGGUGAACGACCUCCUUAAAUACGCCUCAGCGAUGAUGAGUUCCGCAGCAGCGACCGAUUCCCAAACAUCCGAACUGAGAGGGAUGCAAAAGCAGCUUGCCGGGCAUAUCUUUAUGGCUAUGUCUACCCGAGAGUCUUCGUACGGACUCGGUCUUUUUAGACAUCAACUUCCUGGGGUCAUAUCCGGCACAGGCGCUAAUGGAAUGUUCGUCAAGCAGCUUCCUGUCCUUGUUCCUGGUGGAAAUAUAAGGCUCGUCAUCUCACACCCUGGUAGCCUAGCGGGCUACACGUCGUUCUUUGCCAUGUUGCCAGAGAUUGACGUUGGAGUUGUUGUCUUGACCAACUCGAUCGGUCUCGCUGAUCCAUCCGCUUGCAUUGGCCAUGUCCUUCUGGAAGCCUUGGUGGAGACGCCGUCGCCUGUCGAUAUCAUGCAAUUCGUCGAGGAAGCUGCUCAGAGUCACAUUCAAAGUUAUCCUAAGCUCCAGGAAACAUUUAAUUCGCUACGAGGAAAUAGCACGCCACCGGCGGCUCUUCAAGACUAUGUUGGUGUUUAUCAAUUUGACGCGGGUCUGGAUUUCAAGAUUGUCAUCCGCUUGAAGAGCCAAAGCGUCUUGCAGGUCGUCUUCCAGGCCAUGGAAUCCCAAACCUGGGAUCUCCAAUUCUUGGAAGGAGAAACGUUCCAUUGGCUUACAUCCCGCGAUGACCAGGCCAAAAAAGCCAAAUUCACGUAUCCUUUCCUACCAAGUCUAUUCAAGAUAGUUUUCGAGCGGAACGACGAUGGACUUGUGGACCACCUCAUCUGGAAGCAUGACCCCGCUGAGGCACCGGAAGACCAGUUGUUCAAAAGGGUUCCCAUAAGAGGCGGGGGUCUCUGA